UUUAUGAGAAACAAAAACCUAGAGGGAAUAGAACAAGCCAUGAAAACUCUGUUCCUGGAACUAACAUCUCCCUGCAUUACAACUUUACCUAAGAUACCCACCAAGAACCCAUCAUAUAUUGCCACAAAAACAUGGAAGAUUCAUGCAAAAGCAAAAGGGUUUAAAGGGGCAAAUCUGGAAAAACAAAAACUUAUGAUGAAAGAAGAAAAGAAGAAGAUGAAAGAAGAUGCAGAUGAUAAAAUACCAGAUGUUGUGAUGGAAAGGAUGAUAGUUAGGAUUUUAUUCAAUGUGGGGGUGCCUUUGGUAACUGGGUUAGCUCUGCUUCAAAUCUUUAGUGUAAUAAAGGAACAGAAUUUAUGGCAAGUGCCACGUUGGCUUCCAUUCUUGACAACUUUCAUCACAUUUGGAGCUUCAACACUUGGAAUUGCUUAUGGCACUCUGUCCACCAGUUGGGAUGAAGACAACAAAGGUUCGCUUCUUGGGCUUGAAGAAGCCAAGAAGAAUUGGGUUCAAAUGUGGGAUGAAGACGAUGAUGAUGCAGGGAAGAACAUUUGAGGUUUGGUGGGAAUGGAACCUAAUAGGAAAAAGCCAGCCAGCCAGCCAGACAGCCAGACAGCCAGCCUUUGGGUAGUGUUAUAAGGUCAACUUAAAAAAUCCCAUUUGCAGGGUACAACAUCUAAUCCAUAAAGUACAAGUUAAAUCUGUUCAUGAUAUCCUAAAUUUAUUACUACUUAAAUUAAAAAUCACAUGUUUAUGUAUUAAUGAAGUUACACCAACUGACUGACUACUGACAAAUGCACAAGUCUUGCCGCUUCAAAUGUUUCCCAGUUCACCACUUGUGGGUUUUGAUGCAUUGAUUAGAUCCGGGGAUGUCAUGAAACCCGGUUUCGAAUUCAGACGUUGUUAAAAUCUAUAUAUUUAGCUAUCUGUUAUUGAAUAUGGCUGAUAAUUUUUUUG